UGUCAUCUCCCCUUCCCCGAGAUCACGUGCCAAUCAAAUUGCGUCAGAGUCCGGGUUCCAGCGCCUCUCAACUUUCCAUAAACAUUUUCCUUUCGCCGUACAUACAGGAAUUUGCAACGCAUCUUUUGACUUUGCAACAUUCAAAAUGUCUAUCAGAGCCACCUCAACCAAUCUGCUCCGGCGAGCACUGACCAGUACUCGGUCGACCCCCGUUUCCGAGGCUAUUCAAACGGUCCGACCCGCGGCCUUCAGCGCAUUCCGAAAUGUGUCCAGCGCCUCGCGCCUGCCUACCCUCACAGCUUCAGAGACUCGCCGUCGGCCGACGGUAAGGCCGCAUCAGCAGCCUGUGGUUCAGAAUGGGGUGAACGGCAUGUCUCCAACCAGCAAGCGGACAAUCUUCAUUCAGACGGAAAACACACCCAACCCUGAUGCCUUGAAAUUCAUUCCCAACCACCGCGUCCUUCCCGAGGACUUCCCGACCACUUUCCUUGAAUACCUCUCCCCUCGCUCCACGCUCGCCCCACCACACCCUUCCCCUCUCGCCGCCAAGCUCCUCGAUGUCGAGGGUGUCACCUCCGUCUUCUACGGUCCCGACUUCAUCACCGUAACCAAAGCCAGCGAUGCGCAGUGGGCGCACAUCAAGCCCGAGGUCUUCAGCCUGAUCACGCAGGCCGUGACAGCCGGUGAGACCAUCGUGACAACCGUGGAGAGUGAUGGCUCAGAGGGCACACAAGAAGGUGGUGUCAGCGACUCCCUCACCUACGACGAAAACGACGACGAGGUUGUCAGCAUGAUCAAGGAAUUGCUCGAGACUCGCAUCCGUCCCGCGAUUCAGGAGGAUGGCGGUGAUAUUGAGCUGCGGGGCUUUGAGGAUGGUAUUGUCAUGCUGAAGCUGCGAGGCGCAUGCCGGACUUGCGACUCGAGCACCGUGACGCUGAAGAAUGGCAUCGAGUCGAUGCUGAUGCACUAUAUCGAGGAGGUCAAGGGUGUUGAGCAGGUCAUGGACCAGGAGGAGGAGAUCUCCAUGCAUGAGUUUGCCAAGUUUGAAGAAAAGCUGCGUCAGCAAAAGGGCGCCGCUGCCACAGCCAGCUCCUCUAUCGAUAGCGCCCCAUAAUGAGUCUGUCCAACAGUCGCAAUACGGAGGAAUUUUUGAAUCCGUCAUGUCGCAGUGUGGCUUCUCUAAAUUUGUAUAUUAGUUUAUCCCCAACAUCAAAGACAGCUUGUUAAUGCAUCAACGCUCCGUCGCAACGAUUAAACCUCCGAUGCCAACCGAGGCCCCGGACCUUGUAAAGGCGCUGUUCGAUUUCGAUUCCAAAAUCU